AUGGCAGCCCCGAAGGAAAAUAGCCUCUUCCCUCCCGAUCCCUACUAUAUCCCCGGCUACGAGGGCUUCGUCCCUCAGUACAACUAUCAGUUUGGAGAAACCUUUGGCAAAACCACUUACCGCCUGCUGACAGAUCCUGGUGUUCGGAAGAGCCCUCGUCCCUUGCUGGCACCGCUGCACAAGGAGAGGUUCGUUGAGGACUUCAGCGGGACAAAGCACGGUGUCCAGGGUUAUCUCCCUGGCCGUCCAGGGUACUUUCCCUAUGAGAAAGCUGGGGCUGCAACAAGCUUUCCUGAACCAGUCCUUGGGCCAAAACCUCCCCCGCUGGGGCCAGAGCCGGCAGAGGAAGAGCUGAUGAUGAUGCACGUGGACCCCCUGCCCCAGCACCUCCCCGGGAAGGAGGUGCGGACCCGGCUGGCUCGGCGGUACCUUGGCAGGAAGCAAACCAGUAAGCGGUCUUGGGUGGAAAAGACGUGUGGAGUGGCUGAAACAGUGGAUGUGGAGCAAGAUAAUUGUUUACCAAAACUGGACAUACCAAACGCGAUCCAACAGAAAGUCAUUCCAGGGUACGCUGGAUUCAUCCCCUGCCUCACCUGGGUUAAUGGCGUGAACUACAUCCAGGGUGUGAAGGAAGCAAUGAACGAAUUUGACCGACAUCAGUUUUUGCAGAGAAACCCAGCUUGCAGCUUUGGCAAGAGAUUUCCCCAAACAUACUGGCCUAACAACAGAAUUUACACCAGUGCUGGACUAAUACCUUCCUACAUGGGCUUCGUACCAGACCUCCGACACACCUACGCGCUUACUUUUGGAAACAGCACCCGAAAAGCUUACCAAAAGGAACAAAGGAGACGAGCUUGUGCACUGUGA